AUGGCCGGAGCCAUCAUAGAAAACAUGAGCACCAGAAAGUUGGUGAUCGUGGGGGUGACCCUGCUGCUGUUCCAGGCGCUCGCCUUCAUGGUGGGGGGGUUGAUUGCUCCAAGUCCCACAACACCACUUAACUACUUGGCCACAAAGUGCGUGGACACGGGCAAGAACCAGCAGGAGACAACGUGGUUCAUGCCUUGGGGUCCAAACCAAUGUGAAAAGCUGCAGUCAUUCGAGGACGCCAUGGCCAAGAGGAUUGAGGCCAACAACAUAGUGUUUGCUGUCCACAUCCCCCCACCCAAGAAGGAGAUGAGCCCCUGGUUCCAGUUCAUGCUGGUCAUCCUACAGUUCAACAUUGCAUUUAAGAUGAACAACCAAAUAGAGGAGGGAGCUGUGGCCAACAUAGAGGUGGGCCUGGCCUACAGAGACGACACUGUGAGCAAGUGGACCGAGAUGGCUCGCUCCUCUGAACAGAGGAGGCUGAACUGCAACUUCACCACUGCCAAGACUGUUGAGAACGAGGGGCGCCAUUACGAGUGUGACCUGCUGCCGUUCAUGGAGUUGGGGAGUGUGGCCCACAAGUACUAUCUUCUCAACAUCCGCCUGCCUGUCAAUGAGCGCAAGAAGAUCAACGUGGGGCUCGGAGAAAUCAAGGAUAUCCACUUCAUCAGCAUCCAUCAGAACGGAGGCUUCACCAAGGUCUGGUUUGCCAUGAAGACGUUCCUCACUGCCAGCAUCCUCAUCAUCAUGAUCUGGUACUGGAGGCGCAUCUCCCUCCUGACCAGAGCUCCUGUACUACUGGAGAAAGUGAUCUUUGCUUUGGGAAUCUCCAUGACGUUCAUCAACAUUCCAGUGGAGUGGUUCUCUAUUGGCUUCAACUGGACCUGGAUGCUGCUGUUUGGAGACAUCAGACAGGGAAUCUUCUACUCUAUGCUGCUCUCCUUCUGGAUCAUUUUCUGUGGAGAACAUCUCAUGGACCAGAUGGACAGGAACCGCUUUUCGGUCUACUGGAAGCAGGUCGGACCCAUCGUGUUCGGCUCCUUCUGCCUCUUCAUCUUUGACAUGUGUGAGAGAGGAGUCCAGCUGACGAACCCUUUCUACAGCAUCUGGGCCUCUGACGUAGGAACCGAGCUGGCUAUGGCUUUCAUCAUUGUGGCCGGGAUCUGUGCCUGUCUGUACUUCCUCUUCCUCUGUUUCAUGGUCUACCAAGUCUUCAGAAACAUCAGCGGUAAAAGGACGUCCCUGCCGGCCAUGUCAAAAGCCAGGCGGCUGCACUACGAGGGUUUAAUUUUCCGGUUUAAAUUCCUCAUGUUGGUCACUCUUGCCUGUGCUGCCAUGACUGUCAUCUUCUUCAUCAUCAGCCAGGUGAACGAAGGUCACUGGCACUGGGGGGACUACACUGUGCAGGUGAACAGCGCCUUCUUCACGGGCAUCUACGGCAUGUGGAACCUGUACGUCUUCGCCAUCAUGUUCCUCUACGCCCCGUCCCACAAACGCUAUGGAGACGAGCAGUCGAGUGGUCAGUGCAUCGCCGGUGACGCGGGGGCAAACAGCGGGGAGGACAUCCAGCUGACCACGACGAUCACCCACUUGGACGGUCCCACCGAGAUAUACAAGAUGACUGGCAAAGAGGCCCAGGAGUAACUUCUGCCUGUUGCUUCUGCGCCGUCUGUGGGGUGAAUCGGUGUUGGAUCUCACAUCCACUUGGUCCACCUGCAUGCACCUUCUGCCACUGCUGCGCUGAAACCCGAGCUUGUUCACACCACCCUGCUCCCAAAUCUGUCACGUCUGGAAAGACGUGCAGCCACUGCCCCACAGCUGCUGUCAGCCCUCCUCUCCCGUGUGUGACUCAGUUGUCAGAUUUGCGUAAACUCAAUUGUGUUUGGUAACGUUGUGCAGUCCCUCCGAUCACCAGGCCAGAUACUAAGAAGCUGGUUGGGAAGAUUCCCUGGGAGAGGGCCUGCGUUGGGUGGGUGUGGGGUACAGUGGUCUCCAUGCUUCCUGUCCUUGGGUUCGAGUCCAAACUGAAAACAGACAGACUUCUUUGUGGUUUUAUUGUCAUUUUAUUCUGGUUCUGAGGACUUAUCAGACACGCCAAUCAAAAGCUAGUGACGUAGUGCUGUUCAGGUACCUUUCUGUCCUUCAUGUCUCCUGUACAGACACAUAGCCACCUGGAUAUUCAUCAUGUUACAACGUACUGCAGAUACUAUUCUAUUUUUUAUUAUAAGUGCUUAUUUACACCUUAACAAAAUGUAUCAAACCAAGCUGACUGUAGCCUAGAAAAGGUUUUAGUUUGUUUUUUUUUACUUUGUAAGGUAAUUUAAAUAAAACUUUUACUUAACA